AUGACACCAGACUUUCAAAUCGCAUGGAAAAAUUCAUUCUACAGCAUCACAAUCCCUCAUUUGGAAAGUCUUCGUCUUCAUCAAACGGACAUCCCAGGACCCCUUCUCAUUUCAUUCCUCGAGCGACAUCGCUCUACUCUCAAGAACUUGCAUCUCAGCGGAGGAUAUGGAUGCGGACCUGGUAGUGGCUGGAACCACCUCACACGAUUCCAAUGGAAAGAAAUGCUUACCUCAUUAAGAGAUAUUCUCUCACUACAAAAAUUCGAACUCCUGACCUAUGACGAUAGAAAGAAUAUAUAUGACUGGAAUUGGAAUACUGCUCCGGGGACAGAUAUCACGUUUGCGAAAUUGUUGGAAAAUUAUGUGGUGAGAAAAGGUCAGUGGCCAUUUUUGAUGCCGUUGGAAAAAUCGAUACAUGAUUAUUGGGGGUGGAGAGUUGAUGCGGAGGUUUGGAGAUUGUAUUGA